UUUUAAAAAGUUUUCCCCUCAGCAAAAUUAGAGCUCCCUCGCUAUUUUCUAGAGAGUUCCAUCCAUAUUCCCAUAUGUCCCUCAGCCCAGUUGUUUUUUCGCCUCUCUCUUUCUGCCUUUCUAUUGACCAAAAUUUUGCGCACACAGAGUGUAUCAUGCAACAUGAGUACUCUCCCUAUCAAGGAUGAAAUUGUGGACGUCGAGGACUUAGAUCAUCAUAAUACAGCUAUGAUUCCCGUAAGCAGUGGAGGAAGCAAUGGCGUUUCUGGUUCACGUUUUUUUGAUUAUAGUGAUGAUGAUGAUGACGACGACGUGGAAGGAAGUCCUUUGAAGAAGAUGAAAGUUCAAGCAGCUUUGCCGGUAGGGUUUCUUGAUCCACUUUCCCCCGAAGAGCGGGCAGCGUUGAACCGUGCUCGUAAUAUUGUAGGCAAUAAUGAAUUGGUAGUGGCUGCAGAAAAGGUUGUCGCUUCUUCUACUGGUGCUGUUUCGAGUUGUAAGCAGUUUUGGAAAGCUGGAGAUUAUGAAGGCAUUGAUGGUGGUUUUGCUGCUGGUCAUGCAGAUGGCAUGGAUCAUGUGAGAGUUCACCCAAAAUUCUUGCAUUCAAAUGCCACCAGUCAUAAAUGGGCUUUGGGAGCUUUUGCUGAGCUUCUUGACAAUGCUAUGGAUGAGGUUUGCAAUGGAGCCACCUAUGUCAGUGUAGAUGUGUUGGACAACAAGAAAGAUAAGGGUAAAAUGAUAUUAGUUGAAGAUAAUGGUGGUGGAAUGACUCCAGAUAAAAUGCGCUCGUGCAUGUCUCUUGGAUAUUCAGCGAAAAGCAAAUUAGCAAAUACUAUUGGCCAAUAUGGAAAUGGUUUCAAAACAAGUAGUAUGAGACUCGGGGCAGAUGUGAUUGUAUUCUCACGUUGUCAGGGAAGGGACGGGAUAAGCACAACACAAAGUGUUGGGAUGUUGUCAUAUACAUUUUUAAGGAGCACAGGGAAAGAAGAUAUUGUUGUUCCUAUGAUUGAUUUUGUCAAGAGAGAAGGAACUUGGGAGAUGUUGCUUCGAUCUUCAGCUGAUGAUUGGAAAAGAAAUUCAGACACGAUAGCACAAUGGUCUCCAUGUGAAAGUGAAGAGGAUCUCUUCCAGCAGUUUGAAUUAUUGAAUGAUCAAGGAACGCGAAUUAUCAUAUACAAUCUCUGGGAGGACGAAGAAGGAGCCACGGAACUUGAUUUUGACACUGAUCCACAAGACAUUCAAAUCAGGAGUGUUAGUCGAGACGAAAAGAAGAUUGAGAUGGCAAAAGAAUAUCCUAACUCCAGGCAUUUUUUAACUUAUCAACAUUCUUUAAGGAGUUAUGCUUCAAUUUUGUACCUGAGGCUUUCUCCUGGAUUUCGAAUCAUUUUGCGCGGCAAAGAUGUUGAGCAUCAUAAUUUGAUCAACGACAUGAUGCUAUCCGAGGAGAUCACUUACAGACCUCAACCAAUUGGUGAUCAAACAACCCAGGAUCCAAAUGCGGUCGCUCUGGUAACUAUUGGUUUUGUGAAGGAUGCAAAACAUCACAUUGACAUUCAAGGUUUCAACGUUUAUCACAAGAACCGGCUAAUUAAGCCUUUUUGGAGGGUGUGGAAUGCUGCUGGAAGUGAUGGUCGUGGUGUGAUUGGUGUCUUGGAAACUAAUUUUGUUAAACCAGCUCAUGAUAAACAGGGUUUUGAGCGCACAAUCGUCCUUGCUAGACUUGAGGCGCGUUUACAAGUUAUGCAGAAGAAGUAUUGGUCCACAAACUGCCAUUUAAUUGGUUAUGCAAAGCGUCGCAAUAUAAAGAGCGGUGUCUCUCCCGAGAAAGAAUCAAGUGCUUCCACUAAAAGCAAGUCCUGUUCCCGGGUUUCCUCUAGUGGCCACACAACCUGUCAUGAUAAAUCUAAAUCGAAAUCCAUUGGAGGAGAACACGAGAAGGGACCAGUUCAUUCUUCGGUACAGGCAACAAAUCAGGCUAUGUGGAGAGAAACUCAGCAAGCGUGUUUAUCAAAUAGGCAAACUGGUCAAAUUCCAGCAAAUUUAGUUGUCAAGCGAGAACAGAUGGAAGAUACUGUGUCCAACUUGAGAGAAGAGAAUCACAGUACUAAGAAUAGUUUACAACAGGCUUAUCAGUAUGAAAAAGACAAGGUUAAGAAUCUAGAAGGUCAACUUCAGGCAGCACACAAGAUGAUAUCAGACCUGAAUAACAACCACAAAAAUUUAGCUAGUAUGCUUAUUGAAGAGCGAAAAUGUAGGGAUAAGGAAGAAGAAAGUUUAAGGAGCAAAUUAAAGGAUGCUUCUGAUACCAUGGAAAAGCUAAUCUACAAAAAUAGGCAGCUAGAAAGUAGGAUAGCCUUUAUAAGUAUCAAGCGCGAACGUUGAGGUACAAACAACGAUGAGAAGUAACACAAAAUAUGCAGCUCAAGAACAACUGAUGCAGACUUCAAUGUCUUGACUAAUAGCAAGUCCAUUCAAUACUAACAUGUAUAUUGGCUUUUACUAAUGGCUUGUGUUGAGAACCAGUUGGCUGCUUUGCACAGGAUGUGCAAGCUUUCUCAUAUGCCAAGAGUGGGAAAAAAGUGAUUUGUAAAUUAGCAAGAUCUUUAACCGCGAGUUUACUCUGUAUUGUAAUCCGUCAUGUUACCUUUGCUCGA